AUGUUUCUUAGGUUGAUAUCAUCAUCAGAAACAACAACUAUUGACACUAUUAUAAAUGAAAAAAUAAACAAGGUACAAUCACCACCACCAAAUUACAAAACUUCAACAACUUCUCAGUUAACAUCACCAUCAUCUAUGUUAUUGAAUAAAAUUUUUAAAGAAUUUAAGGAGAAACAAAAAGAUAUUGUUUACUUCUGUACAAAAGAUGAUAUAAUGGAUGUAAGAGGUGGUAGUGAUUUUGCAAAUUAUUUAACUGUUGAACAAUACAAAAAACUUUUAUCUAACUUUAAAAAUGAUGUAAAAAAAUCACUUAUAGAUUGGAGUAAUUUAACUGAUGAUUUGAUUAUGACAAAAGAUGAAGAUACUGAAACAAGACAAAUUAAAAAAUAUCCAUAUGAAGUAAUGUCACCUAUAAUUAAAUUGUUCACUAAACCUAUUCCACCUAUCACUGCAACAAACACCAAUGAGCACCAUUACUGGUCUGAGUUCACCCAUAGAUUCUUUUCCAGAGCAUUGGAGGAUUUUGCAGGACUUGAUUGGUACAU